AUGAUGAGAUUGUUGAGUAAUCUGAGACGAUGGCGUGGAACAGCAAAAGAAGCAUUUGAACAAGUAUCAGUAGUCGCUAAAUUCCUCUGUUUGCUUCAUGUCACUGAUCGUUACAUAAUAUCCUCCACUCAUGUUCAGGGUCCUAGUAUGCUUCCGACGCUUAAUCUCACAGGAGAUGUAAUUUUGGCAGAACACUUAUCACAUCGGUUUGGUAAGAUUGGUCUCGGUGAUGUUGUAAUUGUUCGAUCUCCGAGAGAUCCAACAAGGAUGGUUACGAAACGGAUCUUGGGUUUAGAAGGACAUACACUCACUUUCUCUGAUCCAUUGGCCAUUGAUGGGUCAAUAAUCAGUGUUGUGGUUCCAAAAGGUCAUGUUUGGAUUCAGGGAGAUAACUUGUAUGCUUCAACGGAUUCACGUCAUUUUGGACCUGUACCUUACAAUCUCAUCGAAGGAAAAGCACUUAUGCGGGUGUGGCCACUAGAAUACUUUGGGUCGUUGAGAUGA